ACGUCAUCAAAUCGCGACGCAUAUUCUUCCAGGAAGUACCUGUUUUUGCGCUAAUCUAAGAUGAUGCUAAAUGACAGUGAGCUUGCAACUUUGCGGAAUAGAUUCAAGAAAGAUGCGGAAUUUCUUAUGCAACCAACGACCACAGACGAUAAGGAUGAAAAAAGCCAAGAGGAGAAAGAUGUCAAACCUCUACCUUGCAUAAACAAGCACUCUGUUUUCUGGAUCAUGGCAGCUAUAGGUGUGACCUAUUAUGUGGAUUUCCUCCACAACAUUAUGAUGAGUGACGAUAUCAAGAGGUGGUGGUUUAAUUUGGGUUUAGUACUCCUUGGGAUCUGCCUGUCUUUGGCCAUGUUUUGCAUUGUGUACCUGGAAUGGUUCAAAGGUAUCCAGCAUUAUGACCAUGAGUAUCCUGCAAUCCCUCCCAUUACAACGGCAGCAUUCAUUGCUGCAUCAUGCAGUUUUAAUAUAGCGCUGUGGCCGGUCUGGUCCUUCUUCACUCCACUUAUCCUCUUUACCCAGUUCAUGGGUGUGGUCAUGUUCAUCUCUUUACUUGGGUGAAUGUGAUGGGGUGAAGUCACUGGCAGGAAGCAUCACUGCAGACCCAUCACACCUUGGUCAUAAUCUGUUUGAACUUCUACCCUCUGGACGGCACUACAGGACAGCGUAAUCCAAAACGACCAGGCACAGGAACAGUUUCUUCCCCCAGGCCAUAACCCUAACCCAUCAUUCUAAUGAUGGCCUGACUAAUAAACCUGAGACUAAAACACUCAUUGAGCACUCAUCAGAUUCCACCCAGGUAUCAAUAAAGACUCACCAUCAUCCGUCAACCCACUUUGCGCUAUUGUCAUUGCAUUUUAUGUCUUAAACUGUUGCUAUUUCAUUGUAAUUGUUGCACAUUAUUCUGUUUACACUUUAUAAAAUGCAUACUGUAUAUGGUGUCUGCAUCUGCACACUGUUACCACGUCAUCAUACUGUAUGGUCCAAACUGCAGUCACUUUAUUAUAUUAUUAUUCCUUUCCUCAUCCUUGUCCUGUUUGUCUAAUUGUGUAGUUUGUUAUAGGACUGUGAGAAAGUGCAACUGGAGUCACGUUCCUUC